ACCGGUUCACGGCCAUCAGAUUUGAGAAUACGCGAGCGAGUGGAAACAGCGAAUAAACAAACAACCGAUUUACCGUAACUGGUGAUUUUCUAAAACAUAAGUGCGAAAUAGUGUGCGAAUUGUGCCAACCAAAGAUGUCUUUACUGCCAUAUUUAUUGAACGAAACUCCGUUGAUCCCGAGCAGGCAAUGGAUUUCAUAUUUUACUCCGGAAGAAGUUUUACGUCCUCUGGAUUCUGCUCUGAACCAAAUAGCUGCUUUGGACAAAGACGUGUCAAUUUCAUUGGACAAGGAUAAGUUUCAAGCCAACAUCGAUGUUCAACAGUUUAAACCAGAAGAAUUGACCGUCAAGUUGAAUGAUGAUAACACCGUUACUGUGGAGGGCAAGCACGAGGAACAGCAAGAUGAACACGGGUACAUAUCUAGGCAUUUUGUGAGGAGGUAUGUCUUGCCCGAAGACUGUGACAUCAAAGGGUUGCAGUCGAAACUAUCCAGUGACGGAGUGUUGAGUAUUACAGCCCCGAAAAAGCCUGAACACAAACAGGUUGAAUAUAAGCAGAUUCCUAUAGUGAGAACUGGCCCCAUAAAGAGGAUCCAGGAUAAGGGAAAGUCAGAGCCAACACCUAAAAAGAAGGCUUCUCAUAAACAGUAGUGAGUUAUCCCAACUAUUUUAGGUCAUAAUCAUUUUCAUUUUUUUUAAAUUACAUCAAUCAUUGUACAUUCAGGAUUUCCUUUUUUUUGUUAUUUAUUAUUAUGACUGAUAAUGUAUUUUUAAGUUUAUUUAGAGUAACCUUUUUGUUAUUUAAUUUGAAAAAUAAAUAAAGGUAACCUUGUAUACCUAAUAA